GCUCAGUCGAAGACCAAGAGUGUGGAGAAGUGCCUCGAGAAAGAGCUGGCGAAGUUGGAGCGAUGGCGAGCAGGCGUCCUCGCCCUGGAGAGCGCGAUCCAAGAGAUGUCUGACGAGAUGGAUGCGCUGGAGAAGAACUACUCGGAGCUGAUGUCGCAGAUCAGCUUCGAGGUCCAGCCGCCCGCCCCGAAGAUGGACCCUGUUCCGAAGGGCCCGCCCAUCAGCCUCCGUGCCCUGAUUGAAGCGGAGGAGGACAAAGAGCAGCUGGAGACUCGCAAGAAGUUGCUCCAGAACGGGCUCAAAGACAUGGCGAAGAACCUGUUUGGCGCGGCUUCCGAGCAUCUCCAGGCAGCGCGCGAGGAGCACAAGGAUCACCUCACUCGGAUGUCCAAGAAGAAGCGCAAGAACGAGGACG